GCAAUAUAUGUGCAUGUAUUGAAAACAUGCCUCUCCUUUCAACUUUCCGCUUCUGUCGAAUUCUAUUCGUUUAUAUGAAUGGAAAUGUUGUUAGAUCGACCAGUAAAGAAUUGUUACCAAUGAACAAAAAAGUACUCAAACAAUCGGCGUUCAUAGUUUUCAAUUGAACGGUUCAUUUCAAAUAUUCCACUAGUAAACAAAUCCCAAAUUAAUUUAUCGACCGAAAAAAAGGGCGAAUAAUAAACAAUAAACGACUGUGAAUAUGUAAAACGUGUAUUAUGUUUGUGUAUUUUUUCUGUUGUUAUUAAAUAGAUAAAUUUGGUUGAAACACAAGCAUUCAAUUCCAUAAAAAAGUUUAGCUAGAGUUGAGGUUUUAUUCAGUGGUAUUCAAGUAUAUAAAGGUAUCAAAUAUGCCGUCGGCAAAUAAUGCACAAUCACCAACUGAAGCGCCGUUGGUGAGCCCAUCGAGUGAAGUGAUGCCAGGCGAGGCAAGCACAUCGGAUAAUGGCAAAGUUAAAAUGAAGAAACAAUUGGGCCUGGUCGAAGGAACCGCAAUCAUUCUUGGCAUCAUUUUUGGAUCAGGAAUUUUUGUGUCACCAAAGGGUGUUAUCAAAGAGGUGAAUGCCGUUGGUACAUCAUUGAUUAUAUGGGUGAUUUGUGGAUUUCUGUCAAUGAUUGGCGCCCUAUGUUACGCUGAAUUGGGUACAAUACUGCCGAUUUCUGGCGGCGAUUAUGCAUACAUCAAUGAGGCCUAUGGCGGUUUUCCCGCUUUUCUAUAUCUCUGGGAUGCUUUAUUCAUUUUUGUACCAACGACAAAUGCCAUCAUGGGAUUAACCUUUUCGAAUUAUGUGCUGCAGCCAUUCUUCAAUGAUUGCGUUGUUCCAGUUCAAGCAGCACAGCUUUUGGCAGCCGUUACUAUUUGUUUCUUAACAUUCAUCAAUUGCUAUGACGUAAAGUUCACAACAAAGCUUCAAAAUCUGUUUAUGUUCACCAAAAUUGCGGCACUUGUUAUUGUUAUAAUUGUCGGUGUGGUUUACAUGUCUUCGGGUCAUAUGGAAAAUUUUGAUAAACCAUUUGAAAAUACUGAAACGGAUCCUGGAAAAUUAUCGAUUGCAUUUUAUUCGGGCAUUUUCUCUUAUGCAGGCUGGAACUAUUUGAACUUUAUGACUGAGGAAUUGAGAGAGCCCCACAAAAAUCUACCUCGUGCCAUUUAUAUAUCAUUGCCAUUAGUGACGGCAAUUUAUGUUUUGGCGAAUAUGGCAUAUCUGGCAGUUUUAUCCGUGGAUGAAAUGAAUGCUUCGAAUGCAAUUGCUGUGACAUUUGGAAAUAAAGUGCUGACAUACGGUGCAUGGAUAAUUCCGAUCAUGGUAGCUAUUUCAGCAUUUGGCGGUCUUUGUGUGCAUAUUAUGGCAUCAUCUCGAAUGUGCUUUGUUGGUGCACGAAAUGGUCAUAUGCCUGCAUUACUUUCAUACAUCAAUAUACAAACAUUCACACCGGUGCCAUCACUUGUUUUUCUGUGUAUUUUGUCAUUAGUUAUGUUAAUUAUCAGCGACGUUCAUGUACUGAUAACGUACAGUAUGAUUGUGGAAUCGUUUUUCAUUAUGCUGUCAGUAUCGUCUGUUUUAUAUUUCCGCUACAAGCGACCAAAUAUGCAUCGACCAAUCAAGUUGCCGCUCAUUAUACCAAUCACAUUUUUCAUAAUCAGUGCAUUUUUGAUGGUUGUGCCAAUCUAUGUUGCACCAUACGAAGUCGGAAUGGGUGUUCUCAUUACAGUCGCUGGCAUACCUGUCUAUUAUUUCGGAGUUGUGUGGAAGAAUAAACCGCAAUUUCUUCAAAAUGCCAUUGGCAACGUAACCAUCUUUUGCCAAAAGUUCUUAUUAUCUGCUAAAGAAGAAUGUGAUUAAACGAUUUGAAUAGCCUUCACUGACAAACAGCACUGAUCGGCUUAUGCACGUGCAAACAACUUAUACUCAACCGGUUUGAAUAUUUCAAUUCCACUAAUGCAAAACAGUUAAAUCAAAUGAAAAAGACAAUAGAUCGAAUACGGUUUAGAAUCUCAGCAUCGAAUGAUGCUUAAAAUUUAUUAAGAUUCAUUUGUAUUUUCGUUUUACCAACUCACAUUAAGAAAUAAUCAUCAUUCGAUACCUUUAUGUAUGCAACAAGUGCAGGAACUAGAAUUCCCACCAUCACAUUUUUUUUUUAAAUUUAAAUUUGUUCAUUGUUUUUUAAUAAAAUAAAAUAACGGCUACGAAGUACAAGUAAUUGUAAAUUAAAAAAAAAAAAACAGAGAAAACAAAUAAGAAGAACGAAUUAUCAUAGAUCUAAGAAAUGCUUUAAUUAAGAGUUUACAGAAAAUUAUAAGUGUGUGUUUUUUAAAUGUUAAAAUGCAAAUUAUUAACAGCAUCAUCACUAUAUCUUUAUGUUUAUACAUAUUUUUCAAAAUAAAGUUGAGUUUAUUGAACAUUUACAUGCAUCACAAUUAAAUAAUGUGUCAAUUAAAAUAUUUAUGUCAGAGAAAAAAGAAGAUGAAAUAAAAACCAUUGAACAAGGACCGGUUCGC